AUGGCGGAGAUGAAAAUGAUUCGCAAGAAGAAAUACAGUCAUAAGGUUAAGACUGGUUGCCUUACCUGUAGGGUCCGAAGGGUGAAAUGUGACGAAGAAAAGCCAAGCUGCCAUCGCUGCAUAUCCACUGGCCGUAAAUGUGAUGGCUAUGCACUCACUGCUGCAACUUCUAGUGGUGUUUCGCUUUUGCCAGUUCUAACCGGUGGAAGCAAUGCCGAAAGCCAGGCCAUCUACCAGUUCCGAACCAGGAUCGCUCCACUGCUUGCAUCCCCCUUCGACGUCAAGUUCUGGACGCACGAUGUGGUACAGAGCGCAGAAUCAUUCAUACCGGUCCGGCAUGCACUGGCAGGUCUAGCAUCUGCAUAUCAAAAGUCAAUCUUACUCGAUACUUACUCUUCAACUUGUGACCGGUUCAUCUUUCGGCAAUACGACAAGGCAAUAAGAACUCUCUACUCGUGUUUCCAAGACGGCAAGGUUCUUUCCACGUCUCAAAGGUCGGCUGCUCUAGUGGCAAAUUUUCUCUUUAUGUUUCUCUGCUCGCUGCAGGGUCUUCGGCAAGAGGCGAUUAUCCAUCUACGGAAUGGGCUGGCGCUUAUUCAACAAUGGGAGAUGGACCUCGGGACCUCCGAGAAUGAUCCGUCGGCUGGUCUCAUGAUAGAUAUAUCGAGGCUUUAUAUACGUCUUGAUACUCAAUCGCGUGUCAUAUGCCACGACGAUGUCGCCCCACCAUUUUCACAGGUCCGACUGAUGCCAUCACCACGAGAAGAACAGCAUACCUUUUCGGUGUGCCAGGCGUUGAAACAGCUUGAAAGUAUCCAAAAUCGAAUACUUCAGCUCUCACAUGCCCAAAAAACACAACAACUGAAGAUGUCUUAUUACAAACAGUUGUGGUUGUGGGAUUUGCGUUUCGGACACCUAGCUUCCACUACCGAGUACCACAGCCACAUCACCGCUCUCAGGAUGCGAAGAGAGGUAGUCAGAGUGACGCUGUUGAUCAAGUUUGACAACGGCGGUACCGAAUUGUGUAUAGAUACCCGCUGCAAAGCUAUCCUUGAUCUUGCACAUCAGCUCAUCGAAGUUCUCGGCCUCAAGCAUGACCAAGUGGGUCACCAUCUUGCAAGUGGCCUUGUGGAAGCUCUGUACUUCGUUGCUGUAACUAGCAAGGACUGGGACUUGAGACAACAGGCGAUCGAUACCCUGCGACGGUAUCGGUUCAUCGAUGGCAUUUGGGGGAGUGGCGCCGCUGCAGACUUGGCUUCGUGUCGCUUGCAGAGCGACAUACGUCAGUACCGACUUCGACUUGGAUGA